AUGAGAGAUAAAGAGAAAAGAUCAGAGAGUGUCGGUCAUUAUUAUUAUUAUUUUUUUUUUUUGGCUGCAAAACUUUACAUUCCCUAUAUUAUGUUCACAGCUGCCUUCAUUUCUUUGCACUUUCUCUACUCCGUAUAA